UACUGCGUAGUCAGCGUCAGUCAACGUAGUGUGCACUUUUGUGUUCAUUCCAGUUCACUAUAAAUCCGAACGCGUAGAAACGAUUUUCACUUAAAAUAGUAUAUUUAGAUAAAAAACAGAAAGCAGGAAAUUUUAAGAUAAUCGAUAUCACGGCCGUGACAGACUUCAAAUUAUCAUCGAAAGGGCAUAUAAUAGUUGUUUUAACCGCUCCGGAAUUCUCCGCCCUCUUUAUCACUUCGCAUAUUGUCAUUUGCAGAUACAAUAAACAAUGGAGCAUUCUUAUGACCACAAAAUGUGUUGCGAAGGGGCUGCACGGUACAAUGUCUGUCAGAAUAUAGACGAACUUUAUUUCGAACGCGGGCUUUGGACGGCAGCGCUGGAUGGUAACGAGGAUCGUGUCCUUAAGCUACUGCAAAAGGGCGUCUUCGUCGAUACGCCGGACACGACAGCUGGCUACACAGCAUUGCAUUACGCAACGCGGAGUGGGCAUUACCACGUGUGCAAGAUUUUGCUGCAGCACGGUGCGAAUGUGAACGCGUGCACCCGUAGCCUGAGAGCGACGCCUUUGCAUCGCGCGGCCAGCAUGGGCCAUAUUAAAAUUCUCAAGCUGUUGCUUACCUACAAAGCAGAUCCCAAUCUGACAGAUGUAGACGGUAGGACAGCUCUGCAUCGGGCUAUUCCAACGAUAGCCGGUUCCGUUGAAGGCGUCGAGAUCCUUCAGUCAUUGUUGCGGAUCACCGAUCGCACUGUCAAAGACAAAACCGGGCAAACUGUCGACGACGUGUUUGAAAGUUGGAAAAUGACGCAGAGCGAAGAUGAAAAAAUAAAAAUAAUGGAGAGAUUGUUUUAUCAUAAUCAGGAAUAAUAAGGUGAGAAAUUUGGUGAAAAAUGUGUGGAAGUGCAAGUAUGCAUUUCCUUUUUACGAAGAAAUAUCGUAAAGCCUCAAAGUCUGAUUUGUAGAAAAUAUUAGUUGAGGCGGAAAACGAUUUAACA